AUGUCUCCAGCGCUUAAGCAGUUCCUGCUCAUUUCUGGCGCUUUCAUCGGUCUCUGGAUCGUGUGGUCGGCCUUCUUCAACGCCGCCAUGGACACUCUUGACUUCCCUUUUUCGAUCGAACUGGGCGGCGCGUCCAUCGCCCAGGCUGCCGGAGAUGCCGAGGAGCCGGUACAGGCCAAGACUGGCUCCGAGGCUGCGACCUUCACCCUGAAAGACGGUCGCCUCUCUUCGGGCGACUUCAUCCUAGGACGCUAUGCCUCCGAAGACAGAAGCUUUCUUCCCAAGCCUGUCCUGUGGUUCAAGAAGACCGACGGCGACGGCCCCAAAGUUCAGCGAGUGACUGCCAAGGAAAACGAGGGCUCUUUCCAAUUGAUCUUCUCAGGUGCUGGUCUGAUCGUUGAAGGCGGUCAAAUAUUCGCUGACCUUUCCGGGAACGAUGAGUCCAAGUUGGUCGCCAAAGAUUGA